AAUCUCUCUCUGUCCUUCUGUCUGUCACUCACGUUAAGCCGAGGGGAUCGUCAUAGUGACCAAAUUCCCAGUAUGAUGGGCCAGGCAACAGCUGAGGGAUCUCCCUGUUCUCAUCGUCUCUCUGUGAAAACUCAAGAGGAUGAGCCGGACCGAGCAGAGAGUGUGCUCAGUAGAUCUCCGUCAGCGUGUGAUGACACAUCCUCUGAGCUUCAGCGAGUAGCCGCUCUAGAACCUCGGGAUGAGCCAUCCAGAAACUCAUUUCAAGGGAGAGGGGCACUGUCAAGAUUGGUGAGUCUGGUGGUCAUUCUGAGAGACUGGGCACACCGAAGUCUGGUAGAGGAGGAGGAGAGACCAGACUCCUUCCUCGAGAGAUUCCGUGGACCCGAAGUACGAGCCAUUCCAAGCCGAAGAAGCAACAACCAACUAGAUGCCAAUGGCAACACAAAAGGAAACACAAAGAAGGCAUGGGAAACAUUUAUUGUUUCUCCUUCUGAUGAUUUAUACUAUUAUUGGCUGUUCUUUAUUGCCGCAGCUGUGCUCUACAACUGGGUUCUGCUUGUGGCCAGAGCAUGUUUCGACCAACUUCAGACUGAAAAUUCCAUUGUUUGGCUGGUUUUUGAUUACAUGUGUGAUUUUGUCUACAUACUGGAUUCAUGCAUGCGGCUAAGGACAGGUUACCUAGAACAAGGACUUCUGGUGAAGGACUUAGCAAAACUCAGAGACAGCUACAUUCAUACACUUCAGUUCAAAAUGGACGUUAUCUCCAUCCUCCCCACUGACCUGGCAUACAUCAUCUUGAGCAUCGACACCCCACAGCUACGUUUCAAUCGUCUUCUGCGCUUCUCCCGCAUGUUUGAGUUCUUCAACCGAACAGAGACGAGAACCAAUUACCCAAACAUCUUCCGAAUCUGGAACUUGGUUCUUUACAUCCUGGUCAUCAUCCACUGGAACGCCUGUAUCUACUAUGCCAUCUCAAAAUCUCUGGGAUUUGGAUCUGAUCAGUGGGUUUAUCCCAAUAUCACCUCCUCAGAGUUCGGAACUCUUAGACGAAGUUACGUGUACUGCUUCUACUGGUCCACACUGACGCUCACCACCAUCGGUGAGAUGCCGCCACCAGAACGAGAUGAGGAAUAUGUAUUUGUGGUCUUCGAUUUUUUAGUCGGAGUCCUGAUUUUUGCUACCAUCGUGGGUAACGUGGGCUCCAUGAUUUCAAAUAUGAACGCUACGCGGGCAGAGUUUCAAGCACGCAUUGACGCUAUCAAACAUUACAUGCACUUCCGCAAGGUCAGCCGUAACCUUGAGACACGUGUCAUCAAAUGGUUUGACUACCUAUGGACAAAUCAGAAAGCAGUGGAUGAACAGGAAGUCUUAAAGAACCUUCCAGACAAGCUGAGGGCAGAAAUCGCAAUCAACGUUCAUUUAACCACUCUGAAGAAAGUUCGCAUCUUUCAGGACUGUGAGGCUGGCUUGUUGGUAGAACUGGUGUUAAAACUACGCCCUCAGGUAUACAGUCCCGGCGACUACAUUUGCCGAAAAGGAGACAUCGGAAAGGAGAUGUACAUCAUCAAAGAGGGAAAGUUAGGAGUUGUCGCUGAUGAUGGAGUGACACAGUUUGCAUUGCUAACAGCUGGGGGAUGUUUUGGGGAAAUUAGCAUUCUGAACAUUCAGGGUAGUAAAAUGGGAAAUCGGCGGACUGCUAACAUUCGAAGUAUCGGCUACUCUGACCUCUUCUGCCUUUCGAAAGACGACCUCAUGGAGGCCGUGACAGAAUACCCAGACGCUCAAAAGGUACUGGAAGAACGUGGGAGGGAAAUUUUGAGGAAACAGGGGCUUUUGGAUGAAAGUGCUGCUGCAAAGGGAGGCAUUCUUGUCAUGGAGACAGACGAGAAGGUUGAACGUUUGGAGAUCUCGCUGGACGUUCUGCAAACACGUUUUGCCCGGUUGUUAGGGGAGUUCACAGCAACUCAAAGCAGAUUAAAGCAAAGAAUCACAUGGCUUGAGAGACAGCUGUGUCAUACAGGUCUCGGGCUUUUGUCAGAUCAAGAGAUCGACUUCGAUAGUGAUGGCAAUGCGUCACGAGCCAACUCAACCACACAGACGCAUGCACAACUGGACACUGAGAGGCCAACCAACACAGAUUCCCAGCACUCACCCAGGAAUUGCAGGGGUCAUGACUGAACCUAAAA